AUGUCGGAUUCUGAUAAAGAGGUUGAGAAUCAGAUUGUUGAAGCUGGUGAAAAGCUUAUUGACCCACCUUCUUCACUCGAUGAGCUUCUUUCUCUCCUUGACAAACUUUUCCUCUGCCUGUCAGCUGUCGAACAGUCACCUCGCGACUCAAUGCAGAAUGCACUCUCUCCAUUGAUGAAAGCAUUAGUCGCUGGAAAACUCUUCAAGCAUUCAGACGUUGAUGUGAAAGUUGCAGUUGCUGCUUGUAUCAGUGAGAUUACAAGAAUAACUGCUCCGGAUGCUCCUUAUGAUGAUGAGCAGAUGAAGGAAGUAUUCAAGUUAAUUGUAUCAUCAUUUGAAAAUCUAGUUGACCAAUCUAGUAGCUCCUACUCCAAAAGGACUUCGAUCCUUGAAACUGUGGCUAAGGUCAGAUCAUGCGUAGUGAUGCUGGAUCUUGAGUGUGAUGCACUUCUUAUUGAGAUGUUCCAAAAUUUCCUGAAGGCUAUAAGGGAUCAUCAUCCAGAGAACGUAUUUUCAUCAAUGGAGAACAUUAUGACCCUUGUUUUAGAAGAAAGCGAGGACAUACCUCCAGAGAUGCUUUCACCAAUUCUACAUUAUGUUAGAAAGGAUGAUGAGGUUCCUCAAGUGUCACGGAGGUUGGCAGAACGAGUUCUCAGUAACUGUGCUAGCAAGCUCAAAACGUAUCUGACUGAAGCAGUGAAAUCGUCGGGUAUCUCUUUAGAUAAGUAUAGUAACAUAGUGGCGUCGAUAUGUGAAGGGACAUUCAGUGCUUUGCAGCAAGACCAAAAACUUGAUGCAAAUGAAAAAGAGGAUGAACAGAAGGCAGCCGAAAUUUCCACACCCGAGGGAACUGAUGCACCUAAGAAUGAAUCUGGUAAGUCAGGAGUCAGCAAUGGUGUUGCGCAACAGAAUGAUUCUUUGGUUGAUACUGAGUCUACAAAGAAGCAAGACGAUACAAAUGCCAAAGACGAGCAUCAACAACUUGAUAAUCCUAGCAAAACUGACUUGGAUAAUACUUCUGAAGAGAAGCAUGAUGCUGAAGACCAAAUUGAGGAAAAAGGAAAACAAUCCAGUUCUGUCAAACAGGCGGAUUCAUCGAAAACAUCAGAUAUUAAAGAGGAGACUGAACCUGGAGCACGCUUGGAAAGUUCCCUUCCGGAUGAUUCAUCUGUUAGUGCAGCCAUUUCUUCUGAAAAUGAGAAGAAAACAAGUGAGCAGGCUUUGCCAUCUAAGACAUCAGCAGAUGAAACUGCCAAUGUCAGUUCUCCAUCUAGGGAUGGGGAGCUUCUCGAGGAAAGCCAUCCUAAGAAGACUGCAAACCAGAAGAAAAAGGAGAGCUCAACGAAGGAGGCCAAACCAUCUGAUGCUAAUGCUACCGAAGAAGCUUCUGAAGAACCAAACACAUCUGAAGCUAAAGUGACAAAAAAAUCUGGAAAGAAGGUUGCGUCUUCAAGUAAAGCGAAGCCUACUGUUCCUCCUAAGAAAAGCACCUCUGAGACAAAAGCAGCAAAGCAGUCAGAGAAAAAGGCAGUUGAGAGUGAUAAUGUGCAAGAAUCCUCAAAGCCAAAAGAGGAGAAGAAAAAGCCAGGACGUGGGAAAGCCAUGGAUGAGGAGUCAUUACAUACUUCUUCGGGUGAUAAUGAAAAACCAGCUGCUUCCUCUGGAAAAUCAGCCUCAAAGUCGAAGAAAGAAGUGAAGCAACCGUUAGAAGAAAGUCCUAAUACAAGUACUAAGAGAAAACGAAGUCUAGGCAAAGAGAAGGCAUCUGAGCUACAAAACCAUGAUGACAAUUUAGUUGGGUCGAGGGUCAAAAUCUGGUGGCCUUUGGAUCAAGCGUAUUAUAAAGGUGUGGUCAAAACAUAUGAUCCUGCUAAGAAGAGACAUCAGGUUUGCUAUGAUGAUGGAGAUCAAGAAAUCUUGAAUCUUAAGAAACAGAAGUGGUAUUUUCUGGAUGAAUCAGAAUCAGAGGGUGAAGAAGCUGCUGAUCAGACGGGUCAUGAUGAAGAAGAAGAUGCCUCCACUGCUCCCCAGAGGAAGAAAGCCAAGACAGGCAAGCAAACAAAGGUGGAAUCAUCGGUGAAAAAGGGUGGUGGAGCUGGAUCAAGCAAGUCUAAAGCUGCUCCUGCUUCCAAGUCUGGCAAAAAGUCCCAGGAUGACAAAACAGAGAGCAAACCAAAGGAUUCAAAGGAACCUAACAAAGAAGAAGAGGAUAGCUCUGUAGAGUUGAGCGAGGAAGAGGAAACCCCCAAAACCGUUGGUAAAUCAUCUACCGGUGCAAAAUCAGGAAGCAGCAAGUCGAAGAAAGAGGUAUCGAAAUCUGGAAAAUCAAAGGACCAAGGAGAGUCUGGCACAUCCAAAGCUUCAUCCAAGAAAAAGGAAGAGCCACCAGCCAAGUCUGGCACAACCAGUUCGAAAUCCAAGUCAGCGCCACCAGCCAAGUCUUCAUCGGCCAAGGGUAAAACGGUGAAGGGCAAAGCAAAACCUGGUUCUGCUUCUACCCCUUCCUCCAAAGCCAAGGAGAGUGAUGCGGAGUCAGAAUCUGAAGAGGCCCCAAAGGCACCAGAAACCGCAGCAAAAGGCAAAUCAGUUGGUUCAGGCAAAUCACAGGCAAAAUCCGGUGGAAAGCUAAGCCUAUCGGUGCUGGUUGCGGUGGCCGUGAAAUGGUGGGGCUUGACGGCGUCUGGGCAGUAG